UGACACAUAAUGACAAAGGUUGAGUUUCAUGUGAAAUUGUGCAAUGCCUCGAUACAAAGACGAGCCUCCUGCAGUCCGUGUUUACACUGUUUGCGAUGAAUCCAAGUUUUUUUACGAACGUUUUUGCAGAUAUUUGAUUGUGAGGAAUGUUCCGGCGUUGGGUUGUGGUGAUCAGCUCUCUCAACUAUUCUCCACUUACGGAGAAAUUGAAGAAUGUAAACCAAUGGAUGAUGAAGAUUGUGAGCCAUUUACAGAUGUCUUCUGGAUCAGGUUUUGCCGGGUUGACAAUGCCAGAUUUGCGAAAAGGAAGCUGGACGAGUCUGUUUUCCUAGGAAAAAAGCUACAGGUCUCUUAUGCACCUCAAUUUGAGAGUCUGCACGAGACGAAGGAGAAGUUAGAAGCAAGGAGAAAGGAAGUUCUAGCACGAUUAAACCCUGGAAGGUCUAAAGGAUCUGCCACAUAUCGGCCAGAUAUGAUUGGUGAGCCCUCGAUAACUUCCUCUCCAGCCCAGUUGAAUUCUACCGCACAAUCAAUUGGCUCUAAUCAUAGGCAGAUCUCGAGUUCUCCGGGUAAUUCUGUUCAUGAGAUGCAGUGUUCUCCCAUGACAAUGGGUUCUUCAGACAAGAAUGACUGUUUCUUCUCCUCAUUGGUAAUGAUCUCAGGAAUACUUUCCUUCACAGUCUAUGAAUCAAACUGUUAAGCUGGUCAGAGAUAAACUAAAUAAGAUACAAUCCAGUACGGACCAUUUAGAAGAACCAUCCAAGCGAAAACGAGUUGACAAUAGGAGACGGAUAUAAAUUACAAUCCAGUGCGGACAUUUAGAAGAACCAUCCAAGCGAAAAUGAGUCGACAAUAGGAGACGGGUAUAAACCCUAUGCAGGUUUUGACAAGAGUAUAUGGCUAUGGAUUAGUGUUCCCCCAGAAUAUAUGAAAAUCUGUUUAUAGUUUUUUUUCCAUUCAGUAACAUUACCUCUUCCUGGAAAAUCAUCCCUUGAUGCUGAAUCUGUAAACCAAUACUUUUUAUGGGUUCUAGUCCAUGGUGUCCAGAAUCUCUUCUGACUUCUUCACCAACUGGCCUCUAGGUAUCAACAAAAAUGACGUCUUUCUUAUUUUAGCCCCCAAGUCUAUCCAAUUUCUUCGUUGUUUCUUCGAUGUUAUUUCAUCACUAUAAUUGAUAAAUCCUAUGUAUACAGUUUUCAGAAUUUUCCAAGCAAGUUAAAGAUUGAAACCCAAGCUUAUUAUCACUAUUCCUGAACUGCUUGAUAAGGUCAAUGGGUUUAAAUUGCCUAGUUUGCUUUUCUGUCACCAGAAAAUUCUGAUUAGAAUGUUCAACAUUUAAUGAUCUAGUUGAUAAAGCAGGGUACAUGAAUUGCGAUAACUGUGGGAUAGAGCAAAGUGACAUUGCAUCAUUCAUGUGUUUCAUGUGUUUGGUCCUGUUAUUUUUUUGUAUUCACAGUUGCAGAAGGGUAAUGCUGUUGUGUCUAUGGAUAAGUUCGACUUGGAAAUGAUUAUAUUGAGAGGGUACAGGGUGACGUAUUUAUGGAUUGUUUCUCAGAUGUUUUAGCAUUCACAAAGAAUCCUAUGGUGAAUCAUAAUUUAACUUCAUUGAAGCAUGUUGGAUCUGGUGCUGCACCUUUAAGGAAGGAAUUUGAUGGAUGAAUGCAUCCUUGCAGUGUUGUUGUUUACGGAUAUGGUAUAACAGAAACCUGUGAGAUUGUCUCAUCGGUGAGAAUCAAUAUGUAGGCUGCAGACAUAGGAUCAUCAAGGACUCAUAGUUCCAGGGAAUGGAAGCUCAAAUUGUCGAGAGUUGAUAAACUGAAACCUCUUCCUCCUGGACAAUUAGGGAAAAUAUGGGUGCACACAAGGCAAUUCAACAAUCCGUAGUGCAGAUAAAGGGUACUUUGAUGAGAAAGGAAUGUCCUAUGCAUUAGUUUUGACAGAUGCAUAGAGCCCAUCACAUGCUAAGCUCGAAGGUCUGUGUUUUUCAUCCUGAAAUGUUAAAUGCUGUUGUUGUACCAAUUCCUGAUGCUGCUAGUGAAUGAGCUUAGUUAACAAGGAGACUCAAAGAAGUUAAAAAAAAAUGUCAUCUGGAAUUCAAAGUUUUAUGUAUGUAUAAAAGAAAAUGUUUUACGCUA